GCGUCCAACACAGAAUCUGAUGAAGUUGAAAGUACCCUCCAAACGACGUCUCCCUCUUUAGGAGCCACUACUAUAAUGCCUUCAGACAGUAGCAGUGCUCCUUGCUCUUCACUCGAGACCACUAGAAGGGAUUUAGAAAAAUGGCAGCUUUUGCAUACAAUCCAAAUCUUAAAACUAGAGCUCUCUCAAAAGGACGCCAUUUUGGAUUCCAUGAGGAGUGAGCAUCUUCAGAAAAAGGAUGAAUUAGAGGAAGAGUUGUCAGAGCUUCAGUGCGACCAUAAUUUAUUGGCACAGAGAUUGAAGGCGCUUAGUAAAGUCUAUGAAGACGAGAUUCAAGAUUUACGUAAGCAAUUAGAAGAGAAACAUAGACAUUCUUUCUCUCCUCCUCGUCCUCCUCCCCCUCCUGUCAGUGAUACAGCUAAUGAAGAAUAUAUAUUAACUCUUUUAUCUAAACCGCUACUAACUGAUGAAUUAUACAGAGAAAUAUCAGGAAAGGAUGCAAAUAAUAUCAGUGAACUGAUACAAAUUCGACUCUAUGAGAUAACCCAUAUGUUUGUUAAGGAGACAGAGUGGCUCAAGAAAGAGUAUCAGAGACUCAAAACUAAUGAAGAAGAGGAAGAAAGAGAAAAGGCUGUGAUGACUAAAAAAUUGGAGGAACUGAUGCUUGAAAUGGCAGACAUGCAGAGUCAGUGUGAGGAGCUCUUGCUUGAGAAGGCACAACUUAUCAGCUUCAAACAACACAGCCAUUAUAAGAGUGAACAUUAUGACACUGUUAAGAGUGAAAGGGAUGCAUUAGAAAAGGAGCUAGAUGUUAUAAGGCAAACGUCAAUGAAGAGAGAAUUCAAGGAAAAGGCUUUAGCAGAAGAGAAAGAGAAGUUGCAAGCAGAAUUAUUAUCUGCUCAGCAGUCCCUCUCUCUCAUCAAGCAAGACAAAGAGUAUCUGAGUAAGGAGAGGUGUGACCUCUCUCAUCGUGUGAGGGAGAAUGAAGAGAAGGUGGAGACUUUACUCUGUAGACUUAAUGAUUGUAAGCAGUCAAAGGAAGAGAUCUAUGAGCAAAUGGUUAAACAAAGACAGGAGCAGAAGGAUGAUUAUGAGUCAAGACUACAGCAUGAACUAGAGUCACUGAGACUUAGAACAAACUCUGAGAUGGAUCAGUUGAAAGCUCAGACUAGAGAGAUGUACGAGAGGGAGAACCAGGCACUACGACAAGCCAGGGACUCCGCCUUUGCAGAGAGGGAGAGAGCCAUGGAGAAACAAAGAGAGUUGGAGGAAAAAUAUGAACACAUUCACAAUGAACUAAGGAAGUUUCAGGUAUCCAGUGAUGGUUGUGUCACUGAUCUCAAUUCUCAGCUGCAACUGAAAACCUUUGAGCUGGAGAGAGUCGGUCUCCUUUAUGAAGAGACAGCUCAGUCACUGAGGAAGAGUGAGAGAGAGAAGGAGCAACUGAGAGAGAAACUAGACGUUCUCAGUAGUAAAUCAGAGAUCACUAUUAAUGAGCUACAGAGUUUAGUGAAAGAUUUGGAGUAUAAGUUCAAAGAGACAAAGAACAGAUUGGAGGGAUAUGAGCAGCUGGAGACUGAAUUGGAUGAUGUUGUACUACAAGCAGCAAAAAUUGAGGGUGAUGCUGAUGGCGUAGAGCAUGUCCUUUAUUCGUAUGGUUUUGGUACUAGUGUUCCUAGCAGCUCAAGACGUAGGAUGCAGCAAAGUGUUCAGUUGGCUCGGAGGGUUUUAAAACUAGAGCGAAUCAAUGCGUCUUUACGGCAGCAGCUUGGGACUCAAGAGAAAGAAAAGAACACACUAAAUGGAGAAUUAACUCAAAUGAAGUCUCAGUUUGAGUUAUCAAGUCAACCACACAAAUAUUUAAUGGAGACACUCCAAGGAAGAGAUAAGAAGAUAGAAAAACUGACAGAGACUAAUGCUACCCUGGAGAAAAGGAUCAGUGUUUUAGAGAAGAAGUUAAAGCAAGUUAUAGAAGAAAAGAAUAAGCUGUCACUUGAUCUGGAGAGACUGCUCUCCCAUCAAGAAGAGGUAUCAAUCAUAAAGAAUCUGGUAGCUAGUAUCGGCAGAGGUGGUGGAGAGGGUUACUCCAGUUCUCAGGUACGGCCACCUCCUCACAGGAAAUGCUACCCUCCUCCUCUCACCUCUCAACCACAACCAACCAUAUUUACACGCCCUGAUCCAUUAGCAGGGAUAAACAUCAAAAAUAAAGAGAAUCACAGACGAUGAUUAUAAUGACUGCUGUGACCACGCCCAUCAAUAAAAGCUGAUGCAAUCUUUGAAGGAAUUUAUUUUCAUUUAUUUAUUUUUUAUUUCACUAAAAAAAUAUCACAACAUAAAAACAAUAAUUCAAAAUAGCA